CAAAGAAUUUCCGACAAAGUAACAUCAUGUGGAGUCAGCGGAGUUUUGUGUAUAAAGUUCCGAUACUUUUUGGCAUUUUAUCUCUAUCCUUUGCAGAAUUACCAGAGGGUAUUAAAAAGUGCCACUAUGGUGAUUCUGCGUGUAUUCUUGAGACCGCUUCGACAAUAAUUGCAAAUUAUUCAAAUGGUGUGAAAGAAUUGGGCAUACCGACGAUUGAUCCACUCGUUUAUGAAACAGCUGAUGUGAAGAAAAUCUCAAGUGGAGCAUUGACUGCCCAAUUGUAUUUAAAAAAUCUGAAAGUUUAUGGAUAUUCAACGGCAAAAAUUUACAAAAUUGAGGGCUUCACGGAAAAUCCGACCAAGCUCGAAUUUCACUAUAAAAUACCCAAAAUAACUCUGAGUGCGGAUUAUAAGCUUCGCGGGGAAUUCUUCUCAAUCCCACUAAAUGAACAAGGAAAGAUGAACGAUACAAUUCUCAAUUAUGAUUACUUUUGGAAUGGAACGGUCAAGCUGGUGGAGAGGAACAAUGAGAAGUACAUGAAAUUGGAGAAUUAUAGAACUAAAUUUACAACAUCCAGAAUUUAUUUCAAUUUCGGCAAUCUCUUCAAUGGUGACAAAGUUCUCGGGGAUAGUGCAAAUGAGUUCUUCAAUAAAAACUGGAAAAUUCUCUUUGACACAAUGAAGCCAAUUCUCAACAAAAUAACCGGACAAUUCUUUGGCAACCUUGUGAGUGAACCAUUCUCAAAGAUUCCAUAUAAACAGUUUUUCUUAGAAGAUUAAUUUAUUACCGUGAAAGUAUAAUUGAUGUGGGGAAUAUGAUGAGGUAAGAAUAAAAAUUGAAUAAGUCAUAAAAAA